AUAUUUCAACUCGAAUUUCCACCAUUUAUGUAUCUGCCUACAUAUUUUCGUAACGAAGUACAUGGAAUAGCGGUUAGUUCAAAAUGUUGUCUUUUAUUCAAACGAUCGUGAUGGUUUUACUGACCGUGGCCUGUUUCCAGCAUGAUUCAUCAACAUGGGCGAGCAGAUCACGCCAACGAAGGAAUCAAGUCGCGAAAGAUAUCGUCAUAGAAGGUAAAAAUGGCGUAAUCAGAGUGGAUGGAAAAAUCUUUCCCGAGAACGACGAUGAAUUUAAACGAGGCCACGUUCACGUAUAUACCUCCAAGGGUCUAAUAUGCAUCAACGACAAAGUGGUUUACGAUUCAACCGUUACAUCUUCGCAAAUCUCCACUACUAUGUACGUAGACAACAGAUCUGUGACUCAUUUCAAAAUCAAUGCAAAAAGAAAUGGCGAAUUUGGAUACGAAGAUGAUCACGGUGAAAUUGAACUCGCAAGGUCUGCGAACUUAGCCAAAAAGAUACGCUAUUUAAAGGGUUUAUUAGCGGGAGAUGAUGAAAAUUCUGUUCCGAAGGAAGAACCGUAUCAUUAUCAGAAGAGUAUUCAAGAUAUCGUCAUAAAAGGUGAACAUGGUCAGAUCACGGUGAAAGGAGAAAUUGUUCGUAAGAUGGAUGAACAAUUUAAAAACGGUAUCGUUCACUUGAAUGUUUUCGACGGUGUUGUUUAUAUCAACGAUAGAAAGAUUUAUGGUAAAUCUAUCACUUGUCCGGGUAAUUGUCCUAGUAUGGAAUUGAAUUUCGAUGAAGGAGUCACUAGCUUUGAAAUGGUAAUAUCGAGAAAUGGUAGGGUCGAGUAUAAAGAUAAUAGACAAGUGAUUAUCGGUGGCAGCAUUGUUUAACUAAAAUGAAUAGGUAUAUAUAUUUUGCAUUUAUCUAUUUUUAAUGAACCUAGUUUCUAAUCUAUACCUAUCCUUUAUGGAAGUAUUUAUUAAAAUUUGAU